AUGACGACCACCAAGAACUUUCAAGGGAUGGAGCCCGGCUCCAAAAGCAGUUCCAGGGUGCUGCGCCCACCGGGUGGCGGCUCCAACUUUUCGCUUGGUCCAGAUGAGGAGAAACCUCCCGUCCGAAAAAACAAGAUGGCUUCCAGUGUUUUCGAUGAGCCAGAGGACCCCUAUCUUAAUCGCAGGAACAACCCACCAGGAGGAAUGCCCAAAGGGGUGCUGUGUGGGGAGCCGUCAGCCCCCCUGAGGAGAGGAGGGAACAACGGAACCAACAGCUCAGCAGACGCCCCCCCCACCACAGAAGGAGAAAUGUCUGUGCGUGAUCAUGACAACUUUGCAGCUGAACCUGAAGCGGCUCCAGAGCAUCACGAGGAGGCCCCAGCAGCUGAGGAGCCCUCUGCAGGAUUAGGGUCCGGCCGCAGGAAUCCCCCCGGAGGCAAGUCCAGCCUCAUCCUGGGUUGA